GUAUAAAUCGAUCUCUCAAACGCCGUCCUACAUUCUCCCAUGUUCUAUGCUUUUAGAAAGCUGUUCGUUCUCCCCAUCGCUGAAAAACUUCACAUAUGGAUCCAAAGACGGAUAAGCUGGUCAGAAGAACAACAAUGAUAGCCACUGUAACUGCUUCGUAUUUUCUCCUCACUGCGGAUUACGGUCCUGAACCAAACGCCCUAGAUCCUAUCAAGAAGUCAUUAAAAUCAGCAGAACGUUCCGUGAAGAGGUUUUUCUUUGGCUCAGAUAUGGAAUUCCCUGACAAACACAGCUCCAAUACCGCGAAGGAACAGCAGCCAUAGUUAGUUGUUCGGAUCACAAGAAGAAGGAUGUGUAGGGCUCGUGGAUUUGGAAGAAAAAGAUAUGAGAUAAGAGUUGUAAAUCAAUUUUCAAUCAUAUAUGUACUGUAGAACUUGAAUACUGAACUUUGUUGCUUCUUUCGAUUCCCUCAUUCCUGAAUCACCGAAAACCGAAAAUGGUAAUCGUAUUAUGUGGGCAUUAGAAUUUUGUGAAAA